CCCAAAGUCAUGGCCACCACUGAAAAGGUCUCCACGGAGCGGAAAGCCAAUCCAGUAAAGUCCUUCCUGACCGGAGGAUUUGGAGGCAUCUGCAAUGUGUUAUCCGGACACCCCCUGGACACCAUCAAGGUGCGCCUGCAGACAAUGCCACGUCCUGCGCCUGGAGAGGCUCCCAUGUACAAAGGAACCUUCGACUGUGCCGCUAAGACCAUCAAAAACGAAGGAGUUCGUGGAUUGUACAAGGGAAUGUCCGCUCCUCUAACCGGAGUAGCUCCAAUCUUUGCCAUGUGCUUCGCCGGCUAUGCCUUGGGCAAACGCCUUCAGCAGCGCGGCGAGGACGCCAAACUCACAUACUCGCAGAUCUUUGUGGCAGGGUCCUUCUCCGGCUUGUUCUCCACCUUGAUCAUGGCUCCCGGGGAAAGGAUCAAGGUCCUUUUGCAGACCCAACAGGGUCAAGGAGGCCAGCGCAAGUACAACGGCAUGAUCGACUGCGCUGGAAAGCUGUACAAGGAAGGAGGACUUCGCAGCGUUUUCAAGGGCAGCUGCGCCACAAUGCUCAGGGAUUUGCCCGCCAACGGCCUGUACUUCCUGGUGUAUGAAGCUCUUCAAGAUGUUGCGAAAGCAAAGUCGGAGUCGGGCAAAAUAAGCACUGCUUCGACGAUUUUCGCUGGUGGUGUUGCGGGUAUGGCCUACUGGAUCCUGGGUAUGCCCGCCGAUGUCCUGAAGAGUCGUCUUCAGUCUGCUCCGGAAGGAACCUACAAACACGGUAUUCGCAGUGUCUUCAAGGAUCUGAUUGUUAAGGAUGGUCCACUGGCUUUAUAUCGGGGCGUUACGCCCAUCAUGAUCCGCGCCUUUCCGGCAAACGCUGCCUGUUUCUUUGGCAUUGAGUUAGCCAACAACUUCUUUAACAUUGUUGCUCCAAAUUUCUAGUAUAAUAAAAUUUAUGUUUUACUAGUGAUUUUAAAAAAA